AUGGAAAACGCCAAACCCAUUGUUACACCAGUUGUUCUUAAGGGAACAAACUACUUGCUGUGGACUAGAACCACAAGAACCGCCCUUGGAGGUCGUGGCCUUUGGAGUCAUGUCGAAACUGACUAUGUCCCAAAGCAAAACCCCAAAGGAGAAGAUGAAGGCGCUUCCGAGGUGGAAGUAGAGGAAGAGAGCGAGAGGAAGGCCAAGUGGUUUCAAGAAGACCAAGUUGUCCUAUCUGUUCUCCAAAACUCUCUUGACAAGCCAAUCCUUGAGGCCUACUCAUAUUGCGAGACGGCCAAGGAGCUGUGGGAAACUCUUAAAGGCGUGUAUGGUAAUAUCUCUAACUUGACUAGAGUCUUUGAGGUCAAGAAGGCUAUAAAUGAGCUUAACCAAGAUGAUGUGGAGUUCACUAAACAUCUUGGUAAGUUUCGAGCACUAUGGGCAGAAAAGCUCCCCUCCUUUGAAGAUAUUUGUUCUCAAAUUCAAAGAGAACAAGGAUCUCUUGAUUUGUUUAGCGGUAAGGGGGAGCUUGUUACCGCCAACAAAGGAGUGUACAAGCAAGAGGAGAGGAAGGUGUGGAUCUGCGACCACUGCAAGAGGCGGGGUCACCUGAAAGACAAGUGCUGGGUUCUCCAUCCUCAUCUCAAACCGGCCAAGUUUAAAGCCAACCUCUCAAAGGAAGCGGUUAGCGACAAGGGAGCCGGGUCAUCAAAGCAGGGAGAUGAGAUGGCCAUGACUGCAGCCUAUGGAGAUAUGGUGAGGAAAUCAGACCUUGAGGCUCUCAUUUGCUCCAUUGCUUCACUCAAGGAGUCUGGUAUCUCUUUCUUUACCUCUAAGCCUAGUAAAUCACUUGUUAUAGACUCGGGUGCUUCUCACCACAUGAUUAGUAAUCCUAGUCUAAUUAACAAUAUAAAACCGGCUUUAGGGAAUGUAAUCAUUGCUAAUGGAGAACAAAUACCUGUGAAAGGAAUAGGGGACUUGAAACUAUUUGAUAAAACCUCAAAAGCUUUCUUAAUGCCUACCUUCAUAUCUAAUCUUCUUUCGGUUAAGAGGGCCACUAAUGAUUUGAAUUGUUAUGCAAUCUUUGGUCCUAAUAGUGUUCAUUUUCAGGAUAUUGAGACUGGAAAGGUUCUUGGAGAAGGACAAGGGAGUGGAGAUCUCUAUGUCCUAGAGAAAACCUCACCAACUUUAUCUACCUCUACUAAGUCUUGUUUUGUUGUUAACUCGGAUAGUGUAUGGCAUGCUAGAUUAGGCCAUCCCCAUUCUCGCGCCCUUGCUUUAAUGUUACCAAAUGUUUCUUUUGAUAGCUCAAUGUGUGAGUCUUGUAUUCUUGUUAAGGUACUUAGAUCAGACAAUGGUGGGGAAUACACAAGUCACAAGUUCAAAGAACAUUUGGCCAAACAUGGCAUUCUACACCAAACAAGCUGUCCGUAUACACCCCAACAAAACGGUGUGGCUGAGAGGAAGAAUCGACACCUUAUGGAGGUUGCAAGAUCGAUGAUGUUCCACUCACAUGUUACUAGAAGAUAUUGGGGUGAUGCCGUGAUGACGGCGUGUUAUUUGAUUAACCGGACACCAACCAAAGUCCUUAACGACUUAUCACCGUUUGAGGUAUUGAACAAAUUUAAACCAUCUCUUGAUCACUUACGUGUUUUUGGGUGUGUUUGUUUUGUCCUAGUUCCUGGAGAGCAACGGAGUAAGCUGGAUGCCAAGAGUACAAAAUGCAUGUUCGUUGGCUACUCCACGACUCAAAAGGGGUACAAGUGUUACGACCCGGCAACAAGUCGGCUAUAUGUCUCUAGAGAUGUUCGGUUCCUGGAAAAUGCUAUGACAAACAGAAUUGGAACAGCCUCAAAGACGUCUCCACCUCGCCUAGUGACCGAGCCUCCAGCCUAA